GGCGGGAGCUUCUGUCUGAGCGGACCUGGAAGGUGGCGGCGGCUCCUCUAGCCUUCUCCCGCUUGGGAUCCCCAGCGCACUGCAGCCGCUUGCUCGCCGGUCCCCGUCCCCGUCCCGGUCCCCGUCGCGCGACCGGAGCGCUGCCCCAGUUAUUUGGGGCAGAGCAGAGGCCAGAUGUCUGAUUUGGAGCACAUUGUUUAAUGGUGCCGAGCCUGAGUUUUAUCAUCUGCAGGCUGCUGUCUUCACCAUGAUUCCCUGCAGAGCGGCACUGACUUUUGCGCGAUGUCUGAUCCGGAGAAAAAUCGUCACACUGGACAGUCUAGAAGAUUCCAAACUCUGCCGCUGCUUAACCACCAUGGACCUCAUCGCCCUGGGGGUUGGAAGCACUCUUGGCGCUGGGGUUUAUGUCUUGGCUGGGGAAGUCGCCAAAGCAGAUUCUGGUCCCAGUAUUGUGGUAUCCUUCCUCAUCGCCGCCCUGGCCUCGGUGAUGGCAGGACUUUGCUACGCUGAAUUUGGGGCCCGAGUCCCCAAAACUGGAUCUGCUUAUCUAUACACAUACAUAACGGUUGGAGAACUGUGGGCCUUCAUCACUGGCUGGAAUCUCAUUCUGUCAUAUGUCAUAGGUACAUCCAGUGUUGCAAGAGCGUGGAGUGGCACCUUCGAUGAACUUCUAAACAAGCAAAUUGGUCAGUUUUUCAAGACGUAUUUCAAAAUGAAUUAUACUGGCCUGGCGGAGUACCCAGACUUUUUUGCUGUGUGCCUUAUACUACUUCUGGCAGGUCUGUUAUCCUUUGGAGUAAAAGAGUCUGCUUGGGUGAAUAAAUUCUUCACAGCUAUUAACAUCCUGGUCCUUCUCUUUGUCAUGGUGGCUGGGUUUGUGAAAGGAAACGUGGCCAACUGGAAGAUCAGUGAAGACUUCCUCAAAAACAUAUCAGCGGGUGCCAGAGAACCGACUUCUGAAAAUGGCACGAGCCUCUAUGGGGCUGGUGGCUUUAUGCCCUAUGGAUUCACAGGAACUUUGGCUGGUGCUGCAACUUGCUUUUAUGCCUUUGUGGGAUUUGACUGCAUUGCAACCACUGGGGAAGAGGUCCGGAAUCCCCAAAAAGCUAUUCCCAUUGGAAUAGUGACUUCCUUACUGGUUUGCUUCAUGGCCUAUUUUGGGGUUUCUGCAGCUUUAACGCUUAUGAUGCCUUACUACCUCCUAGAUGAGAAAAGCCCACUUCCGGUAGCCUUUGAAUAUGUCGGAUGGGGUCCUGCCAAGUAUGUUGUUGCUGCAGGCUCCCUCUGCGCCUUGUCAACAAGUCUUCUUGGAUCCAUUUUCCCAAUGCCUCGUGUAAUCUAUGCUAUGGCGGAGGAUGGGUUGCUUUUCAAAUGUCUAGCUCAAAUCAAUUCCAAAACGAAGACACCAAUAAUUGCUACUUUGUCAUCGGGUGCAGUAGCAGCUGUGAUGGCAUUCCUGUUUGACCUGAAGGCUCUUGUGGACAUGAUGUCCAUCGGCACCCUCAUGGCCUACUCUCUGGUCGCAGCCUGUGUGCUCAUCCUCAGGUACCAACCUGGCUUGUGUUACGAGCAGCCCAAAUACACCCCUGAGAAGGAAACUCUGGAAUCAUGUACCAAUGCAACCUCGAAAAGCGAGUCCCAGGUCACCAUGUUACAAGGACAAGGUUUCAGCCUCCGAGCCCUCUUCAACCCCUCUGCUCUGCCCACCCGACAGUCCGCUUCCCUCGUGAGCUUUCUGGUGGGAUUCCUGGCCUUUCUCAUCUUGGGCCUGAGUGUUCUGACCACGUACGGAGUCCAGGCCAUUGCCAGACUGGAAGCCUGGAGCCUGGCUCUUCUCGCCUUGUUUCUUGUUCUCUGCACGGCCGUCAUUCUGACUAUUUGGAGGCAGCCACAGAAUCAACAAAAAGUAGCCUUCAUGGUCCCGUUCUUACCCUUUCUGCCGGCCUCCAGCAUCCUGGUCAACAUUUACUUGAUGGUCCAGUUAAGUGCGGACACGUGGGUCAGAUUUAGCAUCUGGAUGGUGCUUGGCUUUCUGAUUUACUUCGCUUACGGCAUUAGGCACAGCUUGGAGGGUCACCCCAGGGAUGAGGAAGAUGAUGAAGAUGUUUAUUCAGACAACAUCAGCGCAGCAACAGAAGAGAAAUCCGCCAUGCAGGCAAACGACCGUCACCAAAGGAGCCUCAGUUUACCUUUCAUAUUCCAUGAAAAGACAAGCGAAUGCUGAUGCCGGCCCACACCACAUCGCCUAUAAGGAGUAAACUAUGCGGGGCAUCACCAUCGUGCUGGGAUGCCAUGAGAUUGCUACAGACAUGGCUCACCUAACUUAUACUUCCUCCUCCAGACAGCCUCUCUUCAGAUGGUGAAUUAUUGUGUCUGGGGAAACUGCCUGAGCGCACUCCUCAGCAAUGAGUAUCCCCAAAGUAACGUGUCCGUGUGCGUCCAUGUGUGUUUGGGAAUGUGAAUUUUAAAUGUUCUUGGCUUUUGUUACUGUGACGUUCUUCCAGCGUCGUGAUGGGUGGCAUAUACGGCACAUGCUAAUAGAGGGUGUAUUGCGGGACAGAAGUGUGUUCUGAUAUGUCCUGGGAGGUUAGGUCUAUGACUGUCAACUUGGGCGUACUGAGAAUGCAGCCACCUGUCGUGAUGUUUAGCAGUGAUCAGGGUGAGCAGGAGAUAAGGAAUGAGCCUUUUCUAUACAUUACAGUGCCUUUAGAGUUAUCACACGUUGUCUUCUUCUACUUGCUAGGACUUUACUAAACUUUACAGGGGGAGCGUGCCUUUAUUCAGUAUGACAGGAUGGAGAGGCAAGUCUGUGACACCAGAUGGUCAGUCCUGUUUUUGAGAGCCUUGGUCCUUAAAUAGAAUGCUUCUGCCUGCUCUAAGUGGCAUGUUCCCCCAACCUCACCUCCAUCAAGGACUCAGGAGAGCUACUAGGACCUGCUCGGGACCCUUUAAGCGAGAGAAUGAAUGUGGUCCCAUCCCACGGCCAGAGGACCAGAGAGACUUAGAGAGGCUCAGACAGGCUUUCUGUUUUUAAAAGUGAGUGAGGGCAGUAUAAGCCCCUGUGUCCCAUGUUUGGUGGAAUGGUUCAGGCUAUUUUCUGUUACUUAAUACCCAAUCACAGCUCAGCUUCUGUUGCUACAUCAAUCGCUCUUUUGCUCUGAUAUUUUCUCUGACCUACAUGGAAAUAGACGUGAUAGCAAAUUCUAUCUUUGCAAUGUAAAGAAGAAGAAGAAGAAGAAGAAGAAGAAGAGGAAGAGGAAGAGGAAGAGGAAGAAGAAGAAGAAGAAGAAGAAGAAGAAGAAGAAGAAGAAGAAGAAGAAGAAGAUGAUGAUGAUAAAGGGAUGCAGGAACAUAUUGCUAGUCCAAUUUCACAGGGCAUUUGAGCCCAAUUUGUGGAUUUUAGACCUAAUAAACCUCUGCUGUUUCUUUUAGAAAUGUUUAGAGAUUCCUGCCCCCAUCCCAUCAUUUACCACUUUUUGCUUCAUUUGCUUUUAACUGGCCUCAUUAAACCUAUUAACACAGCUCUGAUAUUAUGCAAUAAAUCAUCAGUUACUUUCAGAACACAGUUUUUUAAAACUUUGAGUUAAAUAACCAAAUCGAAUUAAAAGCACAGUGAUCUUUGUAUAUGACUAAAUAAAUUUUAUAAGUAAGAUUCUCUGAUUGCUACAUUUUACUUUAUAGGGUUCUCUGAUAGUGGAUUAUGAAUCUCCAAUCAUUCUUAUUCCUUGUGAGUUAAUUUUGUAUAAAUAAUUAAAUGGUGUAUUAGAUAAAUCUAGAGGCCAGACAGGUAACACAGGGGCGGCACUCCCAGGCAACCAUGCGUUACCAGGAAUGCUAGUUGCCUUCUGUAAUCCAAAGACAAGGAGAUUAAUUGCUCUUUCAUAAUCCUUCUAAGAGAACAUUGAUUUUACUGAUGCCGUUUCCAAGCAGUUGUCGUCCUCCGUGUGGAAGUAGGCGUUAAUUGUGGCUAACUUUCAGCUAAGCAGACACAGGUUCUGGGCUCCUGGUUGUUAACGAUGCCUCCCUGACCCAGGGCUUAGCGCUGACAUUCCAAAGUUUCCAGGGUGCACGUGAGAAAAUCCAAAGCCCAGAUACUCUUUCCAGCUGCUUGCUUUACCACAGAAGAAAUGUAGAAGAAGCAAAGGCUAAAGUAGUAUGAGAAGCACUGUAACAUGGACAGGGAUUCUUGUUACCAUUAGUAGCUGCUGCCCAGGGAGGGAGAAGCAGGGUUGAGCCCGCUUGUCAGUUAAGUAGUCCCAAGCGGUCAGCAUUACACACUUGUCCAUCCAAGCAAUACUAAGUGGACUCAGCAGGUUACAUACAUACACACACAUGUAUAUAUGUAACAAUAAUAAAGAAGAGGUCAUGGAUUUAAUAGGGAGUAGGGAAUUUUGGAGAGGGAAAGGGAGGAUAGAAAUUAUCAGAACUAUAUACUCACAUAAAAAAUUCUCAAAAAUUUUAAAUUAAAAAAAAUACUGCUUUUACAGCAGUGCCCUUCACACAGAAAACGUGAACAAGGUCAUACAUGAAUCUCUGAGUUUCUUACUGUAAUAAAAACAGAUAUGUCUGACCGUGGUAGGCAACUAGAAGUAUUGUGCCCACUGAGGAUGCUCACACCAAAACACGUUGGAAACACGGAUGCCUGUGAAAGAUGUUUUGCCAGAGACCAUGCUCUUUCUGUGAAGACCCAAAUGGAUAAGCAAAUGUGUAUAGUGUUUAUAAACACAUUGACAUAUGUUUGUGUGCUGUAUGUUUGUCUGUGUGUUUGUGGGGGGCUUUCGGUUAUCAGCGUGUAAGUAAGUUGGGUUUAUGAUGAGCUUUGGAUGUGAUAUUGUUACAUAGAUAAAAACCCAAUUGAUGUGGAGAGAGACUAGUGUUUUAUAUAGAUAGAUAUUUUAGAUUUUAAGCUAUUAUAAAAUUUACAAUUUUAUAUGUAUGUUUUCAAUAGAUAGAUUCUUUAAGACAUAUUUAUCAUGUUUCUAAUAUGAAAUCACUAAGCUCUAGUAUAUUAUGACGGGUGCUUUUGAAUCUGAAUGGAGUAGGGGUAGGAACCUUGGGAUGUUCUUGUUUAUUUGUUUCUGUGGCAUUGUUUCUGACACACCUGUGCCUGUGCGUGCUUGCCAGCAAACACCAGUACUACCACCUCUUUGCCAACCCUCUGUCCCCCUGAACUUGAGUUCAUAACACUGUGAGCAAAGCGUCCUUUUCUGUUUUGUAGGAUCACCCAAAUAUUUUGUAUAGAUUUGACUAGUGAGCAAAUGAUACAGAAAGUCAAAUGUGGACUCCUUCUAUUCAUCACGGUGAGCAACAGUUUGUAGUACUUUAUCUUUUUCUUACCCUGAGAACUGUGUUGUUGGCAUUUUCAGUGAGAUGGUCUCCUCGCAGCACCUUAACUUCAUACUCUUCACAAAAAAGAAUGAUCUGGGGAUUAGCACAUAAAGAUCACACCAAUCAUUUACUUAAAAGGGUGCUUAUGAAAACUCAGGUUUAGAAACUCCUGAGAAAAACUUAACUAGAAUCUAUGAGAUAUACUAAAAUAUCUCAAUCUUGUUUCCUUAGUGAAACAAGUCAAGGAAACUAACCAAAAUGUUAUAUAUGUAUGUAUCAACAUUAAUAUGUAAAAUUAACAUCGAAACUACUGUUGGUUUGUUAACUUGAGUUAAACGUAACUAAUUUAAAAAGAACACCAGCAUCUGAAUAGUCUUCCUAAAGAAGAAAAGGUUAGAUAAUUUUAAUCUUUAUAAAGCUUUUCUUUUAACCAAAUUUUUCCCACGUCCUGAAUGUUUUCUAAUAAAACACUGUGAUUCAGAAUUGUUGCUAGAUAAUUUUCUAAGUUUGUUUGACCGUCUAGUAGAGGUGAAGGAGAGUGAUUGCCCUAUGGUGCUAAGGAGACAGAAGGAAUAACUGCACCUUACCUUCUCCCAUCAUAUAGUGUAGCAGGGUGUGCGCACACACACAUGCCUGUGUACAUUCACGCACAUAUGGUGGCUAUGUAAAGAGAGAAAAUCAGAGUGUGUCCUCAAACCACCACCCAGAUGAUGACAUUGCACUAAAAUCCCAGCUCUUGCUUCUUUGCAGCACUACUUGGGAUUUCUCCAGAUACCCUUCAAGUGAUAGUCCCUAAGAUACAGUUUCCAUGGCACUUUAGAAGAUGAUAGUCCCUAACAUACAGUUUCCAUAGCACUUUAGAAGACAAUAGUCCCUAAGAUACAGUUUCCAUAGCACUUUAGAAGACAAUAGUCCCUAAGAUACAGUUUCCACAGCACUUUAGAAGAUUGGUUUCGAGCGUUGUGAAUGGGUGGUUCAUAUUCACAUAGUGUGUAGGGGUUGGUGGCAGGGGUGCUGUUAUCUGGUUUUUUGUUGUUGUUUUGUUUUGCUAGUUCCAAAACAGUGCCUUCUCUGUACAUGUUUUACUUUAUAUAUCAAGGAAAAGUACUGAAAUUCAUGUAGUAAACAAUGCCAGCAAAGGUCAUCUUAGCUCUAGAUGUGAAGAUAAGGUCGCUAGACUUCACUGUUUAGCUGAGGUGGUUUUUUUUUUCCUUAUAUACUUGUAUUUAAAGAAUUUAAAAUAGCUUUGUGGGUUCUGAGAGGUCUGAUACUACUGUUGUGGUACUGGUUUAGGUGUUGGCUUUUGUAGAAUUCAUAAUUGUUUAUAUUUACACAGUUUUUCUCUUAUUGGUUUCAGAUGUAUUCUGUUAUAGCAUAACCCUAUUUUAACACUACUGGUCAGGAGUUCUCUACUUGUCUGUCCUUACCCAAGUCCUGAAGCUGCUGCUACAAUCUCUGGACUCUAAGCAGCCUUUCUGACCCCUGACGGCACCAUAGAGAUUUCCAGCUAGGAGCCCCGUUUAAGGCCAUGACCAGGCAGCCUGCUGUACAGGGGUGUCUGUGCUUACAUUCUGGAGGUAGAGUAGGAAGUAAAGAACUUCUAAUGAAUUACGGUCAUGUGGAAUCCUUAACUUCAGUUCUAGGUAUCUCAUCAGUCUGUUUAGGGGAAUAAGGACCAAGGAAUAUCUGUGACUCGUGGAGGGGUGUGGCUGUGUCUUGGAACUGGCAUGGUAGGGCCUGGCCUGCUGGAUUUCCUGCAUGGUCAAGAGCCUGUUGGUAAGGAGCUUUGUACUGCCAGCAGGGUGGCCUACUGUACCCACACCUCGCUGAUGAGCCCCACGUUUUUCAUGUCCACUAGCAAUGUCAAAUUGUUUUAUUGCUUUAUUUUGUUAUUGUUAUAUUUAAUAGCAGUUGUGCAUGAAGGCCUAAAACAAUCCAGAACUUCUGUGUCUACAAAACCCGACAAGUACCAUAUUGUAAGUACUUGUGCAAAUGUAAAAACGUUUUGUUCAUGAAAUAAUUUUGAUGUUUUUAAUGGUAAUUGGUGUUCCUUUUUGUAUAUAAAGUUGAACUCCUUUUUUUAGAAUUUGUAAUAAAAACUAUUGCUGCUUCAGCUGUUAUAAUGUUAUGCUUUAUAAUGUAACCAUGUGUUUUUAAAUAAACCUUAAUAUGACUUAUAA